ACAGAAACAGCCCAUCAUACGUUGGAGCUUUAGAGCAUUGGAAGACUGUAUUUAUCUCAUGUGGGGCAGAUCAUACUGCAGUUCUCUCCAAGGAGGGGUUGGUGUGCACCUUUGGAGCAGGAGGGGCUGGCCAGCUUGGUCACAACUCCACCUGGAAUGAACUCAUGCCUCGUGUGGUGGCCGAGCUGUGGGGAGCAAGGGUUUCACAGAUUGCCUGUGGCAGACAGUACACCCUGGCCUAUGUUGCCUCCUUGGACAAACUCUAUUUGUUUGGUUCUGAUGAUGAAGGACAGCUGCGAGAUGAGAGGAAUCCUAAUCGGUUGAUACCACUUCCCAUCAAUGCACCAGUGAAAACUGGAAAAUCCUGGCAGAAAAAGAACACAUCACAAAAGAAUUCCUAUUUGAAUGGAACUGCCACUCUGGAGGAUAAAGAAGUGGAUGCAUGGAUUUCUAAUUCCAGUUCUAAACAUUGGGAAGGUAUAAAAAAGAAUAUCAAACUGAUCUUUUCAUCCGAGGCCUGCAUCAACGGAAGCUUCCUGGAGAAAAGAGACAAACAUUUCAAAACUUCCAAAGAAGUCUCAGGUGUAGACAUAUCAGAAGUGAAAUGUUUUUAUAAGAAGAUCAGCAAGAAGCCAGAAGUCUUCCAGGAGGUGCAAAAUGAGAUUGAGAACUUACUGCCUUCAUUGUCUUCCUCUCCCAUCUCACCUGAAAAUUUCAGAGUCUACUUGAUCUUGCCUUUCAUUCUGCAGGGGAAGGAUGAACGGUCUUACUGUUCUCUGAGGCUUCUAGCACAGGCCAUCAUGAAGCUCCAGCUAAAGGACCUGCAAACUCUUGCAUGCUUGUGGUCAAAUCUAGAAACAUCCUUUUUCAAGGAGCUGGUCAUUCUGUAUAGGAGGGUUUCCCAGGAAAACCUGUCUCAAUUUAUUAGGAGAGUCACAAGCUUGUCAACAUUCCUCUUUGACCUGUACCCAGAUGAAACGGUGCCUCUGCAAAUACUGCAGAUGCUUUACCAGGUGAACUCCAGAACUGGUUUCAGAGUACAAGAGAAUACCUUUUAUGUGCCUACAGUAAAAGAGGUUAUCAUCUUAUGUCAGUUCUUUAAUAUUGAAAUACCCUUUUUAAGGAUCCAGCAAUGCUGGGAUUUUCGGGUCACAAGACAGCGCCUUCUGCAAGACAUACGAGACAAUUUAAAAUACGCCUCAACCCAGCAAUUCAGGAAAAAGUUAAGGAUUAUAGAGUCUCCACUGACUGUACAUGAAGCUCUGACAAACAGCUGCACUUAG